AUGAUGUUUAAUUCUUCUCAUGUAAGGUUUUUUUUUCUUUCAGGUUUAAAUGAAACAAUGAACCUCAGAGUUGUUCUCUUCUCUGUCACUUUACUGUGUUACUGUAUUAUUGUGCUGAUAAAUGUUGCUCUUAUUGUGACCGUCAUCUUGUGUAAGAACCUGCAUGAACCAAUGUAUAUUCUAUUGUGCACUUUCUGCAUGAAUGGACUUUAUGGCACAACAGGAUUCUACCCAAAGUUUCUGUGGGAUCUGCUGUCUCCUGUUCAUGUAAUCUCUUAUUCUGGAUGCCUUGUUCAGGCUUUUGUGGUUCACUCAUUUGUCUGCAGUGAUAUGUCCAUUCUUUCAGUUAUGUCAUAUGACAGAUAUGUGGCUAUAUGUCGACCCCUGGUGUACCACUCUGUCAUGUCAAAGAAGAGACUUUUAAUGUUAGUAUCUUUCUCCUUGUUCACAACUUUUUGUGUAUCUGCCACAAAUAUGAUCCUCGCAUCUAGAUUGAAGUUAUGCAGCCCAUAUGUUGACAGACUUUAUUGUGUGAAUUUAAUUAUUGUGAAACUUGCUUGUUUUUCAGCCGACACUAUUGUUAACAACAUAGUCGCUUACAUUACACUAAUUAUUUACGUAUUUCAUGGUUUUCUAAUAGUUUGGUCCUACUUUUAUGUCAUUAAAAUAUGUGUGAAUUCUGUAGAAAACAGAGCAAAGUUCAUGCAGACAUGUGUGCCACAUUUAACCUCCUUGCUCAUUUUUCUUGGAACAAUAAUUUUAGACGUCAUGCAUAUACGAUAUGGUUCAACAAACUUACCUCAAGCACUGAAGAACUUUAUUGCAAUAGAAUAUCUUGUCAUUCCUUCAAUAAUGAAUCCUCUUGUUUAUGGUUUUAAAUUGACCAACAUUCGAAAAGGAAUUCUUGCUGGUAUUACUUUUAAAAUUAAACUACUCAGAUCUUAG